UCAAACAAACCUAUUAUUGGCUUAGAAGAAACAAACGAAGCCCACGUUGUUGAUGUUGAUGUUUAUUGUUUUAAUAUUGUGUCAGGAGGUUUAAUUUGAAUGUUGCCUUAACGAAGUAAUUAUUUUGUUGACACAUGGUUUGUCAAUUUUAAUGUCACAGAAAUAUAUUUAAUAGAAGGAUGAUCGUCGUCUUCAUCAACCAGAGGGUCCACGGAUUUGGCAACCUCUUCUAGGUGGAAGUUAGAAAGCAAUUUUGUAAAAGUUAGCCAAAAUGCAGAGUGCAGAUUAUGACAUGUUUGAGGAUGCUGAUGAACUACCCAUGUUCUAUGAUGAUGCUUUUUCUUCAGAAAGUAACUCCUGGGAUGAAGAUGAAUUGGUACAAGGAUUUGAUAUUAGGGAACUAUUUGAACUCUGUGUAAAACCAACCUCUAUGGAUGCAUUUGACCACAUUGGUAUUCUCUUGAUGUGGUGCUUGAUUUUUAGACUGGCUACUCAAACAGUUAAAAUUCCUGAUGCAGUUUGCCACAUGACAUCUGCUGUUACCGGAGUAAUGGCUCUUCACUACUUCUUCAGUCUCAUGACAACUGUUAUCAUUGCUUUUGCUGUGGUGGCUUAUGUAUGCCUGUACCUUGUCUCAAUGUACCUGAAGAAAAACAGAGGCCCUAUCAUGGGCAUAAUAUCUGUGGCAUUUCUCUUUGUCUGUGAGCUGUUUCUUAUCAGCGAGACAGACUGGCACAAGGUGCGUGGAUCACAAAUGCUGCUGGCCAUGAAAGCAAUCUCACUGGCAUUCGACACUGAUUAUGGCGUGCUUCAUCACUUGCCUUCCUUUCUUGAAUUCAUGGGCUACGUGUUGUGUGCAGGCACAUCCAUAUUUGGUCCAUGGAUCCCAUAUCGUGACUACGUUGCUGCCUUUAACAAACCUAAGUGGGAUACAAGAUGGCUGUGGAAAGUCUUUGUGAAUACAUUAGCUGCAUUUAUUUUCAUAUCAUUAUCAUCAUGCUGGGUGGAUUGGCUUUUACCAAAUACAUUGUGGAGGUGGUGGAUUGCAUACAGAGAUGCACUGUCAUUCAGGACAAGUCAUUAUUUUGUAUCUUUUCUGUCAGAAGCAUCAGCAAUUAUGUCAGGACUUGGGAAUAACGGUGAAUCGUCAUGGACCUUACCAGUUGCUCGACCUCUCUAUAUUGAAAUUCCUCGCUCUUUGGUCCAGGUCGUCGUGUACUGGAACAUUCCAAUGCAUAACUGGCUAAAAACCUAUGUGUUCAGAACCACACGUCAUUUUGGUAAUUUUGCUGCUGUGCUGUCAACGUAUGCUGUCAGUUCUCUUCUCCAUGGUCUGAACUUUCAACUGUCUGCUGUAUUACUAUCAUUGGGAACUUACACAUACAUUGAAUAUCUGCUGCGACAGAAGCUUUCUACAAUAUUUAGUGCAUGCAUUCAAGUACGACCAUGUCGGAAAGACUGUGCCCAUCGAAACAAAGAAAUGAGUUCUUUGGUGAUUCUGAUAAAUAUUUUUUUUGGCUUGAUUGCUGCAUUUCACCUGGCCUACCUGGGUGUCAUGUUUAAUGUCACAUCAACUCUACAAGAACGCGGCUACAGCUAUUUUCACACGUUAUCAAAGUGGGGAGAUCUGAGUUUCGCAAGCCAUUGGCUUGCCUUUGCAACUUAUUUUUUUUAUUUUCUCGUUUAACUCUUGCAGUAUGUGCAAGUGUACACUGAUGCUCUUGUGAGUGUUUUGCUGGACCUGUUGUUGACUACAGACUCACCUUUGAUUUGUGUGUGAAGGGCCUUGGUAUUAUUUUAACUUCCGUCCUUGGCUGAAUUUUACUGUCAGUUUUCAAGAUGUGUACUUUUCUAUUGCAGUGUGGUGCUAGUAAAAACUGCACAUGUUUGUAAAAUGUAUUUUUACUUGCAAAAAGAGUAAACACUAAGUAAAUAAUAACCAUGUUAGCAUAUUAAUGAUUUUUGCUAUUAAACUCAUAUCAUUCGCAAUUGAUCAAAAGAAAAUCAUUUAGAAUUUUUAAAAUAUAACAUUAGUUUCUUGCUUGGUCAAGAAGUUAUUGAGAAUAAUUGAGCAUAUAUAUAUAUGACAUAUAUAUCUGUAAAUAAAAUUUUUUGAUGUGUAACAUCUUAGCUUUCAGUAUGUGGCAUUUGGUGGGAAUGAUUUCAUGGAACGGAAAUGUGUGACAACCAUGCUGCUACCAUCUGUAGCGGAUGUUGUGAACUAAAGUUCAGAGACAAUUUUAUCAAGAUGGGCAGUAUUUUAACAUACUUUCUUGUCAAAAAUCAGCUCCAAGGCCAUGGUUUAGUAUUUUUUCAAGUCUUUUUCACUUUUAUCAGAGCCAUUUCUAAUAUUUUAAAAUUUCCAUUAAUUGAAUGUUUUGAUGGUCGACGUAGCGAAUGUGCUUCUAUCUGCGCGUGAUGGUGGCAAGCAACAUUUACAAUUCAGGCUGCAAAUACUACCGGCGGGUGUGAAAAUUACGUGUGAGAUUCACGUUCAGAAAUGUAUUUUAAAACAUAUUUAGUGAAUAUUUACCAUGCUCUGCAUUGAACAGCAUGAUGCAUUGCCAUGUGGCUUUUCUAAGGCUGGGUUUAUAAACUACGCAAGAAAUGCAAGACACAAUAAGUUAAGCAACCAAAUUUUUGAGUAUCAGAGUACUGGUUUAUAUAAUAUGCAAGGCACAUUAAUGCAACUCAAGUGUUGUUCAACUAACAACUUCUUGAGUUUUGUUUUGCAUUUUCGACGGCCAUGUUGAAGUUAAGUGUUCCGAAAGCUUUUAAAGAGACACAUUAUGUGUAUAGAAGGCUGUGAUGUUUUUAUUGUAAAAAUGACAUUUUACUUUGUUUAACUUUCACACAGUGAAAGAAAAUAUCACUUUUAAUAUCAUUGUACAUUUUAUGUGUUAAUUAUCAAACAGGACUGGACAAAAGAAGCCUGGGGAAGAAAUUAUUUUUCAACUUUUUUACAAUUUCAAGUAGUUGGGUUGGUGACAUCUUGUGAUUUGCAUGCUUAUAAAUUCUCUUAUUUUCUUGCAUUGGUGACGUGUUGCGGUAUUGCGUUGUUGCAUUCUUUGCGUAUUUUAUAAACCCGUCUUGGUACAUAUGAAAUUAAUGAAUUAAUUAUAAAACAAAAACAAAUAAUGUCCGUAGUAAUAACUUCUCUAUUUAUAAGAUUUGUUCAUUUUUAAUUUACAGGAAUGGAUAAAUCAAGAGCAGAGUACAUGCGAGAAUACAGGCAGCAUAUGCGUGAGAAAACAUUGCAAACUGCAUGAGUAGGACAAAAAUAUUGCUCGUGACUACUCAAAAUAACCACGAUUUUGCUCAUUACCUAGGUUAGAUGUUACACAUUACUGGCGAGUACUGAAAGACUCUCUCACUUUUUUAUGUAUCAUGAGUUUGUGUCAGCAGGAUUGAAUUUUUUUUACAAUGAUUUUGUGAAAUUUGUAGUUGAAGUAAAAAAUAGCUGAUACUUUCUGGUUUGAAUUAUUCACUUACUUACCAUGAAAUCAUUUUGCUAUCUGUGUGUGUGACCCUCAAAAAACUUUUUGGUUUUGUCUAACCAAUUAUUAGUCUGAAUUUUUAUUUAAAAUAGUUUUUUAAGUUACUACUUUUGAUAUUUAUAUUUGAUCAAAAUUAUGUGUAAAAAACCUGUAAACUCUUCUUAGACUUAGUAAUGACGAAUACAAUUACUUUUCUCACACCCAAAAUUACUUAGUUGACAGUAACUCUAAAAUUUGGUAUAAAUACAAUUCAUGAAAAACAAUAAUUUUUUGUACUAUAUAAGAAAGAAUUACACAAUUUUUAUAGGAUUUCAACCAUGUAUCCUGUAUCGAUUAAAAAAAUUUUGAAUGGUUUAUUUUUGAUCAUUGUAUUUUAAGUUGGGUAUUAAGUUUUUUAUAGUAGUAUUUCUCUAUUAAAAUUUAAUUUAUUACAGUAAUGUCUGGCAGAACCAAACACUUCACGAAUGUACUUCCUAAUUACUUAAUUAACAUUAUAAAAACUAUAUAUUUUUGAUGAAAUGUUUUUUUAAUUAUAAAAAAAAGUAUUUUUUUCUAUUCAAUAAUUUUACAAAUAAUUGAAAUUUAAGUGUAUAACCUAUUCUGAGAAAAAAAAAUGUAUUGUUACAAGUGAGUUGCCCAUUUCCAGAACUCAUGUCCAAUGAACAAAAAUAUUCAGGAAACACAAAAAACUUAUAACAUUGUUUAUAAGUAACAUA